GCCUCCUCCCAAUAUAUAUUGCCAUCACCCCUUUAGGGUUUUACUUCUCCGGCCUCCGUCCCUCCUCCAUUUCUAGGGUUUCUUCCCCUCCUCUCUUCCCUCGCUCUCCAUGGCGCCAAGGAAAUCGAGAGCUUCGAGCCGGAAUCCCGAGCUCAUCCGCGGGAUCGGGAAGUACUCGCGGUCGAAGAUGUACCACAAGCGCGGGCUCUGGGCGAUCAAGGCAAAGCACGGCGGUGUCUUUCCACGCCACGAGCCCAAGGAGGUGCCGCCCAAGCCCGCCGAGAAGCCCCCCAAAUACUACCCCGCUGACGACGUCAAGCACCCCAUCCCCAACCACCGCAAGCACAAGCCCACCAAGCUCAGGGCGAGCAUUACUCCAGGGACGGUUCUCAUCCUUCUCGCCGGGAGGUUCAUGGGGAAGAGGGUCGUCUUCUUGAAGCAGCUCCCCUCGGGACUGCUUCUUGUUACUGGACCUUUCAAGAUUAAUGGGGUGCCUCUACGACGAGUAAAUCAAGCUUAUGUCAUUGCAACAUCCACUAAGGUUGACAUAUCUGCAGUCAGCGCUGAGAAGUUUGAUGACAAGUACUUCACCAAGGAAAAGAAGAAGAAGAAGAAUAAGGGGGAAAGUGAAUUUUUUGAGACUGAGAAGGAAACAAAAGCACUCCCGCAGGAGAAGAAGGAUGAUCAGAAGGCUGUGGAUACUUCUUUGAUAAAAGUCAUUGAAGCAGUUCCGGACUUGAAGGCCUAUCUAGGUGCCAGAUUUUCGCUUAGGGCAGGCAUGAAACCCCACGAGCUUGUCUUCUAAAAGGCGAAAAAAGCAUUUAUCUUAACCCUUUUCCCUCCAAAAAAAAAUUUUCUAUUUUAUAUGCGGCCGGCCUAGAUGGUUGUACUUUCAGUUUUGAAUAUCAAGAAGGAACUUGGAUUCUGUUUCAUGCUUAAUCUUGUUGGUCAGGUGAAAAAUUCUAAUCAGUUGUGUGUUCUUGUGGUAGAAUUGGCUGUCCAGUGACAUCUGAAUCACAAAGAUUACCAUGCCACCAUUUUUUUCCCUGCUUAAACUGUGCUAUUGUUCUAAGACUUCUAGAGAUCCGUGCGUGUUGGGUUUCAUUCAGAAAAUAUUAUUGUUUAUUUA